GGCAUGCUGAAAUAAAGAGAAACUUUUCCUGUGGCAGGAAAGGUCGUUUCUUCUGGCCAGGCAUUCCCAUCCUGGGAAGGAGACAGGAAGCAUAUUGCAUUAAAGGUGGGACUCCUCUCCUCUCCUCGCCGGCCCUGCCGCGAUGCCGCCGCCGUGUCCCCGCGGGGCCCUGCCCGGGGCCUCCCUCCUCCUCCUCUUCCUCCUCUUCCCGCUGCUCUGCGCGGCCCCCGAUGUUUCAAGGGGAAAUAAGCUUAAACUGAUGCUCCAGAAACGAGAAGCCUCUGCUGCUGCUGCAAAGCCUGAGGUGUCAGUGAAAGAAACGGCAGCCAAGGAGUUCCUGAGCAGCCUGAGACGCCAGAGGCGCCAGCUGUGGGACAGAAGCCAGCCCGACGUGCAGCAGUGGUACCAGCAGUUCCUGUACCUGGGCUUCGAUGAGCAGAAAUUUGAAGAUGACAUCUCCUACUGGACAAACUUGGGGCGUGCUCGUAAUGAAUACUACGGUGGGUACUACCAGCACCACUACGAUGAAGAUUCUCCAAUUGGCCCACGAAACCCACACAGCUUCAGGCAUGGGGCAGGCGUCAACUACGACGAUUACUAAUGCCAUUUAUCCUGCUGUAGUUGGGGCGUGUCGGGCUGCACUGGGUGAGGCUGAGCCCUCUCUGUCAGAACGACCCUGCUUUUUCUUCUAUUCAUGUCAAACAGCAAGAGUAAAGGAACUGCCAGACUUUGAUGAAAGCAACAUGACAUUUUUUAACUAUCAUUACUUAGUAGUACACUAUAUAUAAAGUGUUAUAGAAAUAAAGCUUUUUUGAUAAUCA